AUGUUAUUGUGUUGUAUUUCAGAAAGUCGUAAAAUUAUGCUAGGGAACCAUGAGGUACAGGGAGACAUGCAAGAUAAAGUGAGUUGUCACCUUGAACCUGAUCAAGAGGUGGCAGCCGUGUUAGGAACAGGUGGGUGAUCGGGAGUGGGAAAUUUAAACCACGUGGCGAUCGAUCGACAAAUGUUACGUUUGCCACCACAAAAGAUCACAACACGCUUUCUUGAUUAUUUGACUUUUUGGCUUUCAAAUUUAAUAUUUUCUUGCUAAACUCUGAUCGUGCGCGACUGUGAUUGCCAUCACGAUGAAAACAAUCUUAUAGGGAGUUUGAAUAACACCUAACAAACUAGUCUGAGAUCUGAAACAAGUCUUGUUUCGGACCACUUGAGGAUAUUUUUUUUGGCCUUACCUUUGCUUAUAAUAUACUAUGGAAAAUAUACUUAACUAUUCUUUUAUAGACCCUAAUGUUUCCCAAUCAGGCGCAACCAGCUCAGCCAGGCGAGGGUCAAGGUCUUCCUCAACAAAGGAGUUAACAACUGGGAUAAAGGUGAGUCACUCAAUUUUGCCACUCACCCCUCCCUCCUCUCUCAUGAUCAGUGAUGGAACUGUAUCAAGGCUUCAAACGUGCCUUUUUUCUUAGCAAACAAAUGGGAGAGUUAGGGGCAGUUGGCAUAUUCAUUUGUUUUGUCAAGAUUGUAACAGUUGUGUCAGAGAAAAUUUAUUAAGACCUUUACCACGUGAGUCUUGGAUUGAUUAUUCACAUAGCAUUACAAAGUCCAACAAUUUCGUUGUAAUUUUCUCCAGCAUCUCUGGCUAAACCAUAUUAGAUUAGAUAAGAUCUACAGCCUCCAUAUUAGAUUAGAUUAGAUCUACAGCCUCUCCACUUCUGGGUUUGUUCCUGAGUCAUUUAUAAGUGGAGUCUACCAAGAGGAUUUUUUUGUUAAGGAUAUAAAGAUUAGAUGCCAUUUAGCAUUUGGCUAUAUAACUUUACAUUAAGAGCCGCUCUGGGGAUUUUAUUUGUUUCUUGCCUAAAGUUUAUCAAAAUGCAUCUGUUUUGCAGAUGUUGGAGCAUGACAUUCAAGAAUCUCUAGGCACUGGUGAUGCGGCAGCACAGUGUAAGCUAAAUUUGUCCAGAUCAGUAAUAUUUCCUCAGUUUAAAAAUGUUUGCAGAAUCCAAGAAUGUAUGAUAUUGUAUUGCAGAUAUAUGUUUCAAAUUUGCCAUAUCAUAAUGUUCUGCAUCACUAUCCAAACUCCCACAGGCUUUACUGAAAAGCUACUACAGACAGGAAUUGCACCUCAAACUACAAGAAAACUAGUCUUAAUUGGAUAUACCCCAUGUUUAUUGCAUACCCUGUAUAGAGCGAACACAUAAGAAGUCCACUUUUGUCACCCCUUAUCUACUGUAAAACAAUCAAUCUGGUACUGGGGGAUAGCUGGGAUUUUUAAAAGGGGAGUGGAAAUGGCAUCAGACUGAGAGUACCCAAUGUACCAUCACAUUGACAUCCACACUGUGUUUUACUAAAACUGAAUUUUUGUGGGGCGAUCAGUAAGUGAUUCAUGCCUUGUAGAUUCUUUGGUGUUUUGUUUUUUUGUUUUUUAGAAAAAAAUCAUUUUGUAGAGGACUACCCCAAGUCUUCCCCUCUAGCUACAUCAUGCUAUAUUUAUGAGACUCCUCUAAUAAGCCAAAGCAGAUCCUACAUUUGAAGUUUUCUUUUUCUGGCUAAACCUUUGUUUUAAGUAGACACCUUCAGUUAUGGGAUUUUACUUGAAAUUUCUUAUCUUAGUUCAAGUUCACUAAAGUUAAACAAUCUAAGAGAGGCAGACAUGGUUAAUAAGCAUUAUAUACUGACCUAAUAAAGUAGAAAUAGACUCCAAGUAUAUUUACAGUCAUAAAUCUCUCUCCAAUCUACUCUGGCACAAUAUACAUGAGAAGGAUGAGGCUCAGAAAAAAAAACAUGUAUUUGAUAGCCAACAAUGUUUAUUGUUAAAGCUGUACCAGACAGAAAAAUUAAACAUGUUAUCAUUGCACAAUGUACCAGAAUGGCUACCUAUUCUACAGCUGGUAUCAAAGGAAUACUAGCAAGGGUACUGUAGCUGUGCUUGUUACACCAGUUUGACUGUGUAUUGUUUUGCUGUUUUUAGACCCCUCUCUACAUUUCUUGGCAGCUCAGGGUGAAAUUGCAAAAAUAAAAGAGGAGAUUGACAAAGGUUUGCAUAAGAUUUGAAGUCAAUUUAUUAUCUGAUAGAAACAUUUGAAUCUGGUUUCUUUAGCAUGAAGCAGCAGAGUGUCUUUCUGCUUUCCCAUUUAGCAGAUUCUGUUAUUUUGUACCCUACCUAAACCUUACUCAUCUCAUGUCCAUUAGACUUGCCAUUCAGAUCAAGUCUCAGCAUAUUGCAUUCAGUUUCAAAUGUAUAUUACUUUACACUGGUUACAUUCUGAGUGGAAUAUAGCUGUAAGUUUCAAGCAGGAAUUAGAGAGGGUCAGGUGAGAGUGCAGAAUAGAUUGUAAAACUCAGAUUACCAUUAAUAGGAGGAGCUUUCUGAAAGGUCUUUCCUCUAUGACCUGUUGGAUGCCCACCAUUAUUAUGUUUCCCACUGGUUUGUACUCUGCAGGAACAGAUGUAAAUGCUGUGGAUAAAACAGGCUUGACACCUCUAGCUUGGGCAGCAGCUCAUAGGCAGGUAAUAUCAUGAGAGAUAAAACACUCAAUCAAACUGUGGUUCAGAGUUGCUCAGUUAUAUAAUGUUACUGUUUUAGAAAGCAACCAUAUCUGUGCUGCUCAAGAGUGGUGCAGAUGCCACAUCAUGCAGUCCAACUGGAGAGACGGCACUCUCAUUUGCUGCCUGUCAGGGCCAACUGGAUGUUGUUGAGCAGCUUUUGGAAUAUGGAGCUGAUCCAGAUAUUGCAAAUGUGGUUUGUAUUAAGUUUCAAACUGCAUGUGAUACAUGUUGUAUUUGAUAAAUGCCUGUUCAAAAGGUUAUUUCACAAGCUAAACCCUUGCAUCACACAUUAAGGUCACAUGAAUCAAAGAAAUGAUCACCAACCAAACACACUUGUGAUUAUUACACAAAAUCUCCUUGUAAGCACCUCAGGAAAUGUAUAGAGAACAGUAUGGAGAAUAUGCAUACUGAUGUUAGGGUGUCAAGGGUGAGUAAGCAGCAUAAAUUUAUUAAGUACUGUUGAAUAAUCCCUAAAUGGGCUUCAAAGAAAAAAUUUCUGACUGCAUUGAUAUGAGAUAGACACACAGAUAUGAAAAUUGCUUAUGUUGUGUAAUGUUUGGUGUAAUCACAAUGUGACUAAAUUUUGACUGCAGGAAGGAGGCACACCUCUCAUGUAUGCAGCUUAUAAUGGAUACCCCCAGGUGGUUAAACUUCUACUUGGUAAGAAAACUUUUUCUACUCUGCUCCUCGGUUGAGUAUUGCAAAAUCAGAACCAAGUUUAAAUUUAUCAGGAACCCAUCAGAACUCAAACAGCCCCUGAUGUUGGAAAAUCAGGAUAUUUAAGUUGGGAUUUGGAUUAAUUCUGUAUCUGAUUCACCGAUGGAAUGUUUCUUGUGUCUAGAUGGACCAAUCACAAAACAUAAAUAAGUGUUAACGUUUGAUGAACUUGUGUGAACUAAUUAACAAAUAGGUUCCCUGUUGCGUUGGGUCUGUUCAGUAAUAGAUCACCAAUGAAAACAAAAUACCGUAAGAAAGAGAAAGUGGCCCACGAGGCGCAGCCGAAUGUGUCAUCCAUGUUCUUACCAAGUUUUGUUGUGUUCUGAUCUGUUACUGUAGAGACCCACGGCAACCUACAAUCUAUUUAUUUUGUAUGGGAAAAAAGAAAAAUUUUAUGUUUAUGGUGACAUCAACUAUUGGACUUUCCUCCAAUAGAUCAUAAGUAAAACCCAAUCAAAAUUCAUAUAUAAUUCACUCUAUCAUAUAAAUCUGUUUAGAACAUGGAGCAGACUUAACAGCUACAAACAACGAAGGUCACACCGCUUUGAGCCUAGCUCUAGGAGUGGGAAACAAAAAUGGUAAGUUAGUGAUGAGAACAGAGCUCUUCGUCAAAGUAGUAUUUUUUUUUUUUAUUUGUCCAUCUUUGCCAAAUAUAAGGCUUCACUAACGGAAGUGCUGUACCUAGAGCCAGAUACAAAUCCAUUGUCAAAUUGGAGAAUGAAAAACGCCAAAUCUAGACAUGGGAAGAGAGGAUCAUACUGAGGAGGUAUUAACAGAUAACUACACAUCAACAAUGGUUAGGGAUGGAGAAAAUUGACAUGGAGUCUCAUAGGAUGAGAGUAAAUAUCGAUUCGUAAACAAAAGAAAAACAGAAAAAAAUAAAAUUCAAAACAAAAGAUAAAAAGAAGUUUCUCUAGACAUUUCCUAUGGAAAUUACAAGGAGAAUGUGUCUAACAGUCAAGAGCUUGUUGAGUUCGCAAUCAUUUCCUUUUUUUUCGUGACCAGUAAUGUUUGAUUCAGGGGUGAUACUGUUAGGAGACCUUAGAUGCUUAUCACUGUUAGGGGUGAAAGGAUUAAGAACUCGAUUAAGACAAGUCACGAAAUUAUUUAAGGCAUUGUACGAGGUAUCUGCUGACAAUGAUUUCCAUGAUGGAUCGGAACUAUAAUUGUUUUCUUGUCGUUUUUAUGCAUGGCAUGAAAACAAAAUGUUUCCUUUUCAGUCCAGCGUGUCAUAGAAGACUAUCUUCGCUCCAUCCUGGAAAACCGAGCUUCCUCGUCUUGCUAUGGAGAAAUUCAAAAGUAACUCUUUUCGUCACGUCGCAACACCGCAAUAUUAAACACGGGAAAAGGGACUUACUUAAUUAAUGCGCCCCUAACAUACUUCACCCAAGGAAUCAUCGAAGUCUUGCGAAGAAUUAUGUUUACGAACUUGUCAGUGGGCGAAGCAUACCUGAAUCCAAAGGAAAACUAACAUCUUUCGAGUGUACUUUGUUUUAAUAACAAGUUAUUUUUCUAUAGUUCUAUCUGACGCUCAAUUCUCAAAUGGGAACAAUUGGGUAUUACUUGCACUCAAAACUGCG